AUGGUGAAAGUUCUCUUGACCGGUGGCAGCGGCUUCAUCGCCGCCCACAUCGUUGAUAUCCUUCUGCAGCAUGGCUUUGAAACUGUGGUGACGGUCAGGUCCGAAGACAAGGGCAAAAAGAUCCUCGAGGCCCAUCCCGACACCACUAAGGAUAAGCUCUCUUAUGUGAUUGUUAAGGACGUAGCCCAAGCUGGGGCUUUUGACGAGGCCGUAAAGUCCAACCCGCCGUUUGAUUAUGUCCUUCACACAGCGUCGCCCUUCCACUUUAACGUUCAAGACCCUGUAAAGGACUUCCUGGAUCCCGCGAUCAAGGGAACCACAGGGAUUCUCCACGCCGUGAAAGCUUACGCGCCCGAAGUCAAGCGCGUUGUCAUUACUUCAUCCUUUGCUGCUAUCGUGAAUAGCAAGCAGCAUCCUAGGGUCUAUAGUGAAGAAAACUGGAACCCAGUAACAUGGGAAGAAGCUAUGGACCCCGCUAACGUCUACCGGGCUAGUAAGACUUUUGCCGAGAAGGCCGCUUGGGACUUUAUUAAGAAAGAGAAGCCCCAAUUUGAUAUCGCCACUAUCAACCCUCCUUUGGUGUUUGGUCCAAUUGUCCACUAUUUGAACUCCCUUGAAGCCAUCAAUACCUCGAAUCAGCGCAUGCGAAACAUCAUCCAGGGCCAGAUGAAGGAGAAGAUUGCCCCGACCGGCAUUUUCCUCUGGGUCGACGUCCGGGAUGUGGCACUCGCGCACGUGAGAGCUAUUGAGGUUCCUGAGGCAGGCGGUCAGAGAUUCUUCAUCACAGCAGGCUACUUCUCCAACAAGGAGAUCGUUGAUAUUGUGCGUGACACCCACCCCGAAUUGGAGCCGAAACUUCCUCCCAAGGAUGCUCCCGGUGACUUCCCGGAAGAAAUCUAUGAGUUCGACAACAGCAAGUCAUUGCAAAUCCUUGGACUCAAGUAUCACUCAUUCAAGGACACCGUUUCCGAUACAAUUGAUUCGUUGCUGGCCGUUGGUGCUUAG